AUGUCAUUCCACAGACUCGGUCUGCGCAUGGCGCAACAGACUCUACGACGACAACCACCUACACCUGCCUUCCGAAGCUUCGUGCGACGACUAUCACUUGAAGAGAUGCCAGGAGGCUCAAAGAAACUGGUCGGAACAGCCGAUAAUGCUUUCAACCGGGAGCGAGCAGCCGUCAAGGCUCACGCUGCAGCUACAUCUGGUCUCUGGCGCCGCCUGUCGAUAUACGUCGUCAUUCCUUGCCUGAUCCUUGCUUCGCUCAAUGCUUGGAAUCUCUGGAGCGAGCAUUGGGAACAUUGGGAGCACCUUCCUCCUCUCGAAGAACGAGUCGAAUACCCAUACCAGAACAUCAGGACCAAGAACUAUUUCUUUGGCGACGGAGACAAGACACUGUUCUGGAAUGACAAGGUCAACUAUCACAACAAGGACAAGGUGACGUAA